GAGAGACGAUCAUUGAAGCAGUCAAGUAUUUUAUUCAACCGUUUUAGUGAAUCGGCAGUUUUUCCUUUGCUUAAAUUUUAUUUUUGAUCAUAAAUCAUGGCUUGUACACAGUGGCCUCAGCCCGAACAAGACAGUCAAGCGAACAGGACAUGGAGUAAUAUAGUUGAAAACCCAACAAAACAACAUUGUAGUGAGAAUAAAGUGAUUUUUGACUCGCAAGUCGCUGAAGAAUACAUCCCUUUGAAUUGUGGAGCAAACGGUGGUGAUUUAUUGAACAGCAAUGGUAGUAAGGACGGCAAACAGCUUAAACGAAAGCUGCCAAAUAAUGAUAAAGCACAACAGAGCAACAACAGCCAUAUUUCGACAUCGGAUCCUUAUUGCACGCCAUGGAAGACGAAAAAUUAUAUUCAAAAUCCAACGGGGUUUGUACGCUAUUUCCUUAACUUUGCCCGCUUGUUGUAGCUUAUUUCAACACUAAGUUAAACCGUUUUCUUUUUAGUUUAAACGAGGAGAUACACGACUUUUUAAAUUAUAUAAAACCGAGGCCAGAAGAAGACGCAAUCCGAAAUGAUGUUGUCGAAAGGGUCAGAGCUGUUAUAAAACAACUGUGGCCACAAGCCAAGGUGGGCAAACAUUUAGAUCAAUAUUUGUACAUUACAAGCUCUUAGCUUGAGAGUUUUAGUUUCUGAAGACUUAAAUAAGCUUGCACAAUUUGUAGUUUAUUUUUGUAAUUCAAGUGCCAAAAGUGUUUUUACAGUAUGUGACUCAAAAAUAUUUGUCAAAUUGUUUUUGUAGGUGGAACUUUAUGGGAGUUGUCAGACCGGUCUUUAUUUACCGACAAGGUAUGAAAAUUUUGCAGGAAAUCCGUGCUAAGUAGAUGUAUUUGUAUCGUAAAAAAUACGCAAGAAUGGAGUAAUACUUUAACAUGGUUAUAUAUUAAUGAAUAAUUUUGUGUCAUUCACCAAUAUAAUUAUUUACUUAAAAGUUUUGAUUGUGUCAAAAAAAAGUUGUUAUUGAAAUGUGACCUUUUGAUCUUCCACUAGCUAUUUUGUAAAAUUAACUUAAUUAAAAAUUGCCUGUUGGUAAGUGUUAGUUUUGUAUUAUAAGUGCUUCUGGGCGAUAUGUAGCAAUUUGUGACAUUGCGUGUUCUUAAUUUUAUUAAUAGUGACAUUGAUCUGGUCGUUCAUGGCAAAUGGGAAAGACUUCCACUGCGGACACUGGAAAAUGAACUUAUUGAGCAAGAAAUUGCAGAUGCAAAUUCCAUUCGUGUGUUGGACAAGGCAACUGUAAGUUUCGUAAAUGCUAUAAAUUUUCAAGUCCCUACAGGAAUAAUAUUGUCUGGGGUUAGAUGGAUACAAGGGUGCAUUGUGGUUAAUUAAUUACUUAAUGGGUUAACUAUUAAUGCACCACAACAAUUCCAUUUAUUAUUUCACAUGUGUUUUACACCUGACGAUGUUACUUGUCAAAGUUGGCGUGGUUUCUAUAUUACUUGUAGCCAAUAUGAAAUCUAUGGCGACCUGUAUUUAAGUGAGGAAUUUUUGAUGUUUAAGUGUGCUGUAAAUAUUUAUUCAGCUGAAUUCUUUAAGUAAACUUGAGGUGUCUAAGAAAACUUUAUCAAAACAUCAUUGGUCUCAAAUCUAUCAAAAUUGUCUGCUUUUCUCACACUCCAUCGAUUCCUUAUACAUUUCCUUACACAUUCAGUGACUGACAAUAUAUGUGACUGUCUAAUAGUAUAUGUAUAUAUUGCAUCUUAUAUUCAAAUCUUGUUGUAAAAAAAAUUCCUAUAAAUAGCGUACUUCAUAGUGAUUGCCUUCUAUAAUUUCUGUAUUUCUAGGUUCCUAUAAUCAAGGUUACAGACACAAAAACCCAAGUUAAAAUUGACAUCAGUUUUAACAUGAACAAUGGUGUUCAAAGUGCAGACAUGAUUAAGGUGAUUGAUGAUGAAUGGCUUCAAUCCUGUAUAGGUUUUCAAAAUUUCCUGAAAAUUUGACAGCUUGUACUUGUAUAGUAAUUUGUAGUGUUAGCAAGGUACUGUCAUAGCAUAUUGUGGUUGAUGUCAGAGCUGUUUCUAGCUGAUACUUACUGAAAUUAUGUAGAACUGUUUGUACCAGUACUGGAAGUCUGCAAUUAAACUGCAUAAUUUAUUUCUGCACUCUGAUGACUGCAUGAUGGUUGACAACUUCUGCUGGAUGGUAUUUGCUUUGUGAAAGCUGUUCAUAUAUAGAUGGACUUUUUAACAUUAAUUACUACAUUCUUGUCAUUUCUAGAGCUACAUGGAGCAGUACCCAGCUUUGCCUUAUCUGACGUUUGUUCUCAAACAAUUUCUUGUGGAUCGAGAUCUCAAUGAAGUUUUUAGUGGUGGGAUUAGUUCGUAUACUGUUGUUUUAAUGAUUGUCAGCUUCUUCCAGGUGGGUCAUUUAUUUAUGCAAGUACUGGUAGUAGGUACGGUAGUCCUCUUGUAGUAACAGUGGACAUUUUUUUCUCUUUUUUCAGCAUUCAGAGCAUGUGAAGAGCACGGAUAAAGACUUCAACCCGUCAAUGGAUAAAGACAUCAACCUUGGUGUCUUACUCAUUGAAUUUUUUGAACUUUACGGCAAGAAAUUUAAUUACAACAAUGUUGGAAUUCGACUGGUUGGAAGUGGAUCAUACUUCCACAAAGAAAACGUGUGUGCAAUUUUUUUACAGCAGUGUUUUAUAUUAAUCACAAUAUCCUGGCUAAAUUGCAGGAUAGUUAAUUAAACAUAUCAAUAACUUAGGGGCUGUUUAUAUGGAGGCAAGCCAGCCCCCCAAUAUACCAGCUAGCUCACUUUGGUGCCACCAAAUUUACCCUGUGAUUACAUGAGACUUCUGAGGCGAGCUCCCCAAAACAAACCAAUGGGCUCACCGCUAUAAAUAGCAUAAUAUAAAAUAAUAUAUUUUCUCACAAACCUGAAAUUCACACUUUUGUGAGCAACCCUCACGGUUAUAACCCACAGAAUCAUUCCCAGAGGCCUUUUAAGAUCAAAUUGGUUGAAAAAAAUAGUAUUUACGAUAUAUUUACGUGAACAGACCAAUAACACUCGGCCUGCUUGGGUGUGCCAGCCCAGGUAAUUGUGUUUAUAUGGAAAAUUCCCCAGCCCGCGGUGACCCGAGAUCUUGGGUCAGUCAAGACGGGAUUCUUGCUUGGGCGGGCCAGCUCCCUUCCCAUAUAAAUGCAAAAUGAAAUUUAGUAGGAAAUAAUAACAGAGGCAGCAUCUCGCCUUAACCAGGCCCGGUACCCAGCUCGGGUACCCGGCCUGGCUCACUCCAUAUAAACAGCCCCUUACAUAUUUUUCUCUUUCAUUAGGAACUAGGAAAGUCUCUUGCAAAUGAAACUCAUUUAUGCAUUGAAGAUCCUCUGACACAAGGUAUUAUCCACAAUAUAUCCCAUAUAAGUCCUCUAGGAUACCCACUUUCUGAAUCUAACCCUCACAUGUUUACUAUAUAGGCAACUACAUUGGAAAAGGAUCGUUCCGUAUCAAUGACGUGAAAAGAGCAUUUGAAUGGGCAUGUAGUGUUCUAACACAUGGAGUUCUUAACCAAAUUCCUGGAAAUGAAUCUAGGUAAGAAUUUUAUGAAAUUAAUUCUUGUACCUGUUCAGUUAAUUGGUCUAUAUAUGAUUUGAAAUAUUUCUUCCUUGGCCCCUAGAAACCUGUCUGCGCACUAAUCUUAUACUUUGAGACACGCGAUAAUCUUUUAAUGUUAUUCGUAGUAAUUUGCAUAUUUUGCGAGAAGCACGAAAUUUCGAAUUUUUCGCGCAAAGCGUAGUAGCCAAUCAUUUAAAAAGAAAAAAAUAAGAGUUUUGUAAUCUAUUUUAUGCGAUGGUUACAAAUAUGGUCGAUGUUGGGCGUGUCCCAAAAUUUCUGCCGCCAACAAAGACCGGCAUAUCUCGCGAAGGAAUCCACUUGUAACUUGGCUAAAGCCCUGGGCAAACUAGGAUACAUUGUUGCAGAAACAUUUGUGAUUCUCGAUGUUUCCUCAAAUGUUUCCCUGUUUGCCCACCCGUGGAAACAUUGUUGCGUAAAAAAAAUUUGCUUCCCGGGAAGCAAAAAUGUUUCCUAGCAAAUUUAGAAACAUUUGCUGUUUCCCUAUGUUUCUCACUAAUGUUUCCUAGUGUUUGCCCACUCUUGGAAACAUGGCGAAACAUUGGCAGGAAACAAUGUUUCUGCAACAAUGGUUCCUAGUUUGCCCUGGGCUUAACUCCACGCUGUCUCAUUCGUCUUUCAGUAGUAUCUUAGGCCGUAUAACACGGAUACGGAGAGAGGCGAUAGAACAACGCGAAAGAAUGUUACGACUUUCACCGUGUAUAUCACCGAACAUUCCAAGUUACGCGAGUGUUGCAACACGCAACAAAACCCAGUCUACGACGAUACGAUCUAUACGAGACUCACAGGCAGACUUUAAUGCGAAACCUGAGGCGAAUGGAACACUCCAUUGCUCUAAAUCUCGAGAAAAUGAUAAAAAAAAUCAUACAGACUCUAAGAAUCGGAGAAGCUCUGCAAGUUCAACGAGACUCGAUUCACGAACUACAGACACAGACUGGAGGAAAGAUCGCACGGCAUCUUCUUCAACGAGCCGUACAAAAGACUCGCAAAGGGACAUCGACUGGAAAAAGAAUGGACAAAGGUCAAGGGAGAAACCGCAUAACAGAAAGAACCAUUCGGAAAGAACAUCCUCGUCAUCCCGCGAGAAAGAAAGGACACUUUACUCGCCUAACCAUAAACAUUCUCCAAGACGGAGUUCUUCGACAAACGUGACCGAAUCUUGUGGCAUGAGAAACAACAAGGCAGUCAAGUCGAUAACGUACGUAUAUCGGAAAAAACCUAGAGUUAGACAGAAGAAUGUUUACUUGUUUAGUUUACUUUGAAAGUUCUUUAAGUUUAAUUAUGCAGUCAAAAACUGAAGGAUAAGAACGCAGUAACAGCUCAGAACGCAUGCAUGGGAUCUUAAAAAUCUGAAUUACUGUAAGUUUAACCAGCAUUAAUAGACCUUAUGCAUAAUGACGUCACAAGGCUUGAUGCCCGCGAGGAAUGCUGGUCUUAAUAGUCGAUAGUGGCCAUUUUGAAUUGUUUAAUUUUCCCGGGCGAUGACUACUAAGACCAGCAUUCCUCGCGGGCAUCAAGCCUUGUGACGUCAUUAUGCAUAAGGUCUAUUAAGUUGUCUGUGCAACUAUUUAACAAAACUUCAGUUGGUAGGGAGGCAACUACCUGAAAAAUACAAGGAGAUUUUCGAGCGGGAAGGCCCUUCAUUGGGAAGUUAGUAGCCAAACUAUUUAACCAUUAGUAGGUUUGAGAAAGUAUUAUCACAGAAUGGAGACUAUACACAAGCCCAACUUCUUAGUUUUUCCUAUGAUUUUGGCGUAACGUAAUUCGUCAUCAAAAUGCUGACGCCAUGGUCGUAGCCAGUGCCGCUUAUGAGAGGCAUUCACCCCCUGGCCCUGAUAAUAUUCAAAAUGGCGGAUGUCCAGGGCACAGAAUAAGGUACACAGAAGGCAGACUUCUUGGUUUUUCCUAUGAUUUUCCUAUGAUUUUGGCGUAACCCGUAAUUCGUCAUCAAAUGCUGACGCCGUGGUUCUAGCCAGUGCGCGUUUGAGAAGCAUUCACCCCCUGAUAUUAUUCAAAAUGGCGAACGUCCAGGGGGGGGGAUGCCUCUCAAACGCACACUGGCUAGGACCAUGGCGUCAGCAUUUUGAUGAUGAAUAAUGGCGUGGCAGCGGUUACUCGAGUCGACCUUCUGUGUGCCUUAUUCUGUGUCCAGGGGGUGAACACCUCUCAUAAGCACACUGGCUAGGACCAUGGCGUCAGCAUUUUGAUGACGAAUCAUGGCGUGGCAGCGUUACGCUUUUUUUGGCUGAGUCGAUCUUCUGUGUGUCUUUGUCCUGUGGUAUUACUGUUUACACGCGGCACAGCAGAUGGUGACCAACUUCAGAAAUGUUUACACUGAUCGAAGCUUGAAAUUAAUCUUUCACUUACAUAAGACCUAUUUACACUUGCAAUUUUUGCUGCGAUUACUAGUACGAUUUUUUUCUUCUGAUGCAUGUGAACGAGUAAAUGGUUACGAAUGUUCUGAGUAUAUGUACCCACGUAUCCACCUAUGCACCUCAUCUGAACAUUCAUCCACUCGUUCACAUCCACCAGAAGAAGAAAAUCGUACCGCAGCAAAAAUUGCAAGUGUAAACCGGCCUGUAUUCGACUGACGAAGGGCCUUCGCUCGAAAUGUCGAGGUUCUCCUUGUAUUUUUCAGGUAGUUGUAUCCCUAUCAAUAUUUCAGGUAGUUUUCAAUAUCAAUACAUUUCAGGUAGUAUCAAUACAUUUCAGGUAGUUGUAUCCCUAUCAAUACAUUUCGGGUAGUUUUCUUAUCAACACAUUUCAGGUAGUAUCAAUACAUUUCAUGUAUUUUUCAGAUAGUUUCCAUAUCAAUACAUUUCAGGUAGUUUUCAUUAUCAAUACAUUUCAGGUAGUAUCAAUACAUUUCAUGUAGUUGUAUCUAGGCCUAUCAAUAUACAUUUCAGGUAGUUUUCCUACCAAUACAUUUCAGGUAGUAUCAAUACAUUUCAUGUAGUUGUAUCCCUAUCAAUACAUUUCAUGUAGUUGUAUCCCUAUCAAUACAUUUCAUGUAGUUGUAUCCCUAUCAAUACAUUUCAGGUAGUUGUAUCCCUAUCAAUACAUUUCAUGUAGUUGUAUCCCUAUCAAUACAUUUCAGGUAGUUGUAUCCCCAUCAAUACAUUUCAGGUAGUUGUAUCCCUAUCAAUACAUUUCAGGUAGUUGUAUCCCUAUCAAUACAUUUCAUGUAGUUGUAUCCCUAUCAAUACAUUUCAGGUAGUUGUAUCCCUAUCAAUACAUUUCAUGUAGUUGUAUCCCUAUCAAUACAUUUCAGGUAGUUGUAUCCCUAUCAAUACAUUUCAGGUAGUUGUAUCCCCAUCAAUACAUUUCAUGUAGUUGUAUCCCUAUCAAUACAUUUCAGGUAGUUGUAUCCCUAUCAAUACAUUUCAGGUAGUUGUAUCCCUAUCAAUACAUUUCAGGUAGUUGUAUCCCCAUCAAUACAUUUCAGGUAGUUGUAUCCCUAUCAAUACAUUUCAGGUAGUUGUAUCCCUAUCAAUACAUUUCAGGUAGUUGUAUCCCUAUCAAUACAUUUCAGGUAGUUGUAUCCCUAUCAAUACAUUUCAGGUAGUUGUAUCCCCAUCAAUACAUUUCAUGUAGUUGUAUCCCUAUCAAUACAUUUCAUGUAGUUGUAUCCCUAUCAAUACAUUUCAGGUAGUUGUAUCCCUAUCAAUACAUUUCAGGUAGUUGUAUCCCUAUCAAUACAUUUCAGGUAGUUGUAUCCCUAUCAAAGACGACGUGAAAAUGGCGUGAUAUGCCCAUCUAUGGAUGUGCCCACGCCAUUUUUACGCCAUUUUCACAUCGUCUUUGACGUCGCGUCGUCUCUGCUAAACCUUUCUAUUGACCCGUUCAAGAGUUUCUCAUCCUCACGCCUCACCAAUACUAGUUGACCACCAUCUGCUGCACGGCACGAUGCUUCGUUAAACCCUUAGUUAUAUAUAGUCUUGCAGCUGUCCUAUGAUUGAAUAUGUGGCGAUCGCUGUAUGCAGCAACUGCUGUAAUCCCUCCUGCGCUCUCAUAGUCUCAUUCUUGUUUCAUUGUGGCUUAUUUGUUGUGUGUGGAAAUAUUUUGGAAUAUAAAGAUUCAUUAUAUAUGUUGCGUGUUUUAGUUGUGUAUACUUGGUCUUACUGUGAUCUUUAUACUUUUUUUGCAAUAAAAUUUUGAAAAAGCAUUCCCGAGUUACUUUAAGGGCUGGUUUACACUAUAUCAAAGUUUCUGUGACACAGUAGGAAUUUCGCAAAGGUAAAUUCUAAGUUUUCACGGAUUUGUAAGAAAUGUUUGAGGGAAUUGACUCGGUGUUUAACAGUUCCCUCAAAAAUUUCUUAUAGAUCCUUCAAAACUUAGAAUUUACCAUGCAAAAUUCCUAUACUGUGAUCACAGAAACUUUGAUAGUGUAAACCAGCCUUUAUUCUUUGACCAAAGCCUUUGAAUAAGGUUUAAAUUGAUGCAAACUUUUUAAUCUCAGAAAUGUUUUUGGUGUAAAUCAUACUUCAAGUUGUUUUGUUUUUCUUACAUUUUAGGGAAAUCCAUCAACGACCUGAAAAAGUACUUUGCUAACACAAUGAUGAAGUUUCCUCUCAACUUUUAGGGCAAAAUUACAGUAAUAUAUUUUUAGCCAUUUAAUCUUAAUGUUUUUAAAAAAUUCGACGCAAAGUCUUGUGGGUUUAUAUUAUAUUUCACGAUGAUAUCAUCUCCUGAUUUUCGUGAAAAGAAGGUCUCCGGCACGGCCGCGCCAUUCCUGGAGUCGCGAGGGGAAAAACAUUUUUAUGGCCAACAUCAUCUGAUCGGAAGGAAAUGAAUUAAUAACUAAAAAGCAUGUAUUGUAGAGGAGUAAUGAAGUGGAUUGAAGAUGAUAAAAGUGAACAAAGCCUUUUCCAACCAAGCAUAACGAAGUCAUUUUCAAGAAUCCCACAGGUGAAAUUCGAGGUGGCGAAUAAAUCGGUAUUCUGUAAUUGGUUGAAUUGGACUGAUCAUGGAACAAUGUUUAUGGGAUACUAUUAAGAAAUAAGAACAAUCUAUGUAUUGAUCCAUAUGCUUCAUUAAAAUCAGCUGCCCUGGGUUGUGUCUGAAAUAGCUGAAACGACUAAAGGUCACAGUGUGACUUGCUCAGCGAUGGGAUUUUAUGCCGUCGCGACCCGUGCGGAUAUUGCUAUCAUUUUCGACCCAAAUGUGGUAGCAAUUUCCGCACGCAAUACAAAAGUAUACAAAAUUUGCGAACAUAAUUAGCAAGGCUAUAUUUUGCGCAUUUUACAACAUUUCGCAACCAAACUUUGCAAUUUUACUUAUUUUAGUGUGCUCUUUCCGGAAAUAUACUUUUUUGCCAAGAUAAAAGAUUGGUAGUCUAUAAUGGGACAUAUGACAAUAAAAUGUAAUUUGGGGUGGCAAUAACUUAUAUCUGUCGUGUUUGAAGACCAAAAUUCAAAUUGUUCUAAUAAAUUUAUCUAAAUUGAAGAUUCGGCCGAUAAUUAGCCCUACUUUCAUUAUAUAAUGAGCCAUGUCCUUUUGCACAAAUUAAUGCGAAAAACGUGAAAAAAGUUUGGGAACUUUUUUAUGUUUCAUUCCGACAAUCGCAUCGCUUAGCAGGUGAAACUGUGCUUUAAAGUCUUUAGGUAGUUGAGUCGCCAACCACGGCAGUUUUGUUCAACCAAAUCGCUAGUUUUAUCGAUUGAAACAAUUUCGGAUUUAUGUAUCAUAGUUAUAGAUAUCGUAAUUGUAUAUUAUAUUCUUGUAACAAUAAUAUAGUAGUUUUUAAUACGUCAAUAAACAUCCUUAUAGAGAAA